AUGACUUCGUUCGGUGCAACAAAUAUUAUACGCGAAAAUUACAUGCCGACUUUUAAAAUACAAGGUCAGAUUUAUCAUCGCGCAGGAUCGCUACUACCAUUGCCGAAUGAAGAACACAAAUUUCUUCAAAUUUAUUUCAUGGGAGACGCUGAUGAACAAAUUGAUCAACGUUGUCGAUUCAAUGUUGGAACUAAACGAGAAGUUGUCGCGGCAUUACAGACUUGGUUCGAUCAACACAACGGAUUAAUUCGAUUAUUUAGAACUGCCGUUGAACAAAUGCCAUUUGAAAGACAUUACAAUGCACCAACAAUUGAUGAGGUGGCAAUCGUUAUAGUUGGCGAAUAA